CAGGAUGCAUAGGACCUUGCGAAGGAUCAGACGUGGAUCUUUUGAACCAGAAUGGCACAUGCAUGACAAGAAUGGAAUUUUGCAAAGCAGAGUAUGGCGAGACAUUCGUCCCAGGAAGUGCUGCUAAUAUAUGCUUGGGCUUUGAUGGGCUCAACAGAACAUUCUCCACAACAAUCCCUGCUGUUGACUACCAAGACCGCAAAGUGUUGGGAAUCUAUGAAAUGGAUGACACUUUUCACACUUUCACAAGCUAUGGGUCUGUGAUGAAUCGGAUAUUUGUGUGCUUGUUUCUGGCCUGGUUGGUUUCUACUGUUUGCGUGCUAAAAAACAUCAAUUUUGCUGGCAAAAUUGUGUAUGUUACCUGCUGGCUGCCGAUUCUCAUUGCUGUCGUCCUCCUCUUUCGAGUCCUGGGUUUGACCGGAAAAGAAAAUGGAAUGCAAGCCUAUGUGGCACCUGAAUACAAGUACAUGUACGACGGGAUGGUCUGGUUCAGAGCUGGGGCAACAAUGAUGUUCUCCUUGGGUUUGGGUUUCGGGAUCCUCCCGAACCUGGCAGCCUACAAUCCCUUCCAUGGCAACUUCAUAAGAGAUGCAGUGGGGUUGUCAGUGCUGAACAGCGCCUACUCAGUACUGAUUGGUUUUGUGGCCUUCUCAAUUCUUGGACAUUUGGCAAAUGUGACUGGGAAGGAAUUGUUCUCCGUUGUUGAUUCAGGAGUUUCCUUGGCUUUCAUUUGUUACUCUUCAGCCUUGGCAAGAUUCACAGCGGUUGUCCGCCCCCUUUUGUCAACUGUAUUCUUUGCAUCUUUGAUCUUUUUUGGCUUGUCCACUCAAUUCAGCAUGUUUGAGGCGGUAUUGGUUGCUAUUAUGGACGUGUAUCCCUCUUUGGAAAGCCACAGGAAGCUUUUGACUUUGGGACUGGGUUUCCUGGGAUUCCUCAUGGGGGUCCCCAUGACAUUCCAAGGAGGUGCUCACAUGCUAAAGCUGUUGGAUUUGUAUGUGCCAACAACACCUGUCAUGGUCAUCCUGCUCUGUCAGGCCAUCAUGUUUGUUCAUGUUUAUGGUUGGCAGAACUUGAUGAAAGACUGGAACCUGAUGCUUGGACCUCCAUCAAAAUUCGAAAAACUAUUUCGAAUGUACGUCUUUUUGUCCUUGGCGUUUGUUGCACCAGUUAUGAUCACUCAUGACUGA